AUGUUAGAUUAUAAUCCAGUUCCAUUUGAUCAUACUUAUAUUUUAUAUGAUCCUAAUGAUAUAAUAGCUAAAAUUUGUGUUCAAUUUUCAUUAUUACCUAUAUAUCUUAUGGUAUUUUAUACAUCAUGGUUUUUAAUUACUAGAGAAAUUGAACCAAUAAUUAUUGUUGCUGGUCAUUUAAUUAAUGAAUUAAUUAAUAAAAUUAUUAAAGUUUCAAUUAAAUCUCCUAGACCUGAUUUCCAUAAAAAUUUUGGUCGUGAUAGUGGAUCUUAUAGUAUGACUUAUGGAUUCCCAUCAGCUCAUUCUCAAUUUAUGGGAUUUUUCGCUGGUUAUUAUAUAUGUGUUAUAUUAUUAAAAGUUCCAAUGCCAAAAUCAAGUAAAAAACCAAUUUGUUUAUUUGCUGGGUUAAGUAUGAUUGGUGUAGCUUUUUCAAGAGUUUAUUUAUUAUAUCAUUCAAAUGUUCAAGUGAUUGCUGGUUUAAUCACUGGAAUUACUUUAGGUAUUACUUAUUUUAUAAUAACUUCAAUUGCAAGAGAUAUUGGACUUGUUGAAUGGAUUUUAAAUUGGCCAAUUGUUAAAUUCUUUUAUAUUAAAGAUACUUAUUAUCAUAUUUAUCAAACUUUUGCUGAAGAAUAUCAAGUUUAUUUACAACUUAGAAGAGAAAAGAAAGGUUUAUUAUCAUCUCUUGCCCUUGGAGAUGAAAAAAAUUAA